UUAGAUACCUUCAGCUACAGAACAAAGUCUGCUCGCUAUCCAGAAUUAUUCUGCCAAAGUUUCAAACGCAAUAGACCUCAAAGUUAGCUGAAGAGUAACACUUCAUCCUACUCAAGAACUCGCGUAAUCAACCACAAAAGGCGGAAGUCGACCCUUUAAGAUAAAGACACCGCUCUUGCUGCAGGUAACAUGGUACUUUUCAAGACACUUACUCUCUUCCAGUUUUUGGUGGCAGUGGAAUUUUCACUUCUCUCUCUUGUCACAUCAAGUCAAUGGCUAUCACUGGCGCUCAGCAGCUCUGUUACUAAGUUUAACACGCGUCGAAGCUGUGACGAAGUCGGUACCCACUUUAACAACAGACAGGUACAAGUCUGCAAAAGAAAUGUUGACGUCAUGAACAGUGUCAAAUUUGGUGCCACAAUUGCUGUCCAGGAAUGUCAACAUCAGUUUCGCUAUCGAAGGUGGAACUGUACCACUCUGCAAUUUGAAAAAUCCCCUGUCUUUGGAAAUUCUGUAAACGGAGGAACCAGGGAAGCUGCUUUUGUUCAUUCCAUUUCGUCAGCGGGGGUAGCUUAUGCUGUGACGCAUUCCUGCAGCGCGGGACAACUUGGACGAAGGUGUGGCUGUGACCAGAAGAACAAUGGAAAAAUGUCUAAAGAGGGUUGGAAAUGGGCAGGGUGUAGUGAUGAUAUCGACUUUGGAAUUGAGUUUUCCAAAACCUUUGUGGACGCAAGAGAACGUGGUCGUAAAGGAGAGGAUCCAUCUCGUAUUUCUAUGAACUUACACAACAACAACGCAGGGAGAAGGGCCAUCCUAAAGUACAUGAAAAUUCAAUGUAAAUGCCACGGUGUGUCAGGAUCAUGUAAAGUGAAAACCUGCUGGAGGUCACUUCCCAAUUUUAGACUGGUUGGAGAUCAUAUCAAAGAAAAAUUCGACGGAGCCACGGAAGUAGAACUAAAGCAAAUUGGAUCAAGGAGAGUUCUUCUUCCACGAAAUCGAAAUUUUAAACCUUAUACUUUGGUCGACCUUGUUUAUAUUGACCGUUCACCUGAUUUCUGCACGCCAAAUCUUAGCACUGGCUCCCUUGGAACCCAAGGAAGGAUGUGCAACCGCACAUCUCAAGCUAUAGAUGGAUGUGAGUUGAUGUGCUGCAGUCGGGGGUACACCACACACCAAGAAGCCAGGGUGGAGCGUUGUGAAUGCAAGUUCUAUUGGUGCUGUUAUGUCAAGUGUCGCGAAUGUCAGAGGCGAGUCGAGGUUAGCAUCUGCAAGUAAGCCAGUCCAAUUCAGUCUCUCGACAAUGGUGAGCUUUCAUAUGGCACAAACGUUUUUGAGACGCGGACGGAAGCCAGUGGUGGAAAGUUCCUAUCCCUUCGUUUGCGACAAAUUUCUUCAUCACGAUCUUUUCAAGUGGUUAGUUCUGAUAAUAGAGCAUCAAGCCGAUUUAAUUGAUGCUCUUUCUUAAUCGGCUAUUAACUUCUUCCACUGAUAGCCGUCCGCAUUUCAAGAACGUCUCUGCUCAGGCUCCUCAUGUCCAAUUUUUUUCGGAAGGGAAGCGGUUUUAUGUACUGAAGUGAAUGCAAAGGUCAUUCACCUUUAAGUUUGGUCUUUAGCACUUCACUUUUCCUCACACCAGUACAAAUUAUCAUAAGUUAGUUUAAGAGAACAGGGUCAGCGCAAAUUUACAUGUAGACUAAAAUUGUUACAAAUCACGGUAUAAUAAUUAGGCUCCUAAAACUAAUGACGAAACAUUCUCAGGAAUACAUCGAAAAUAAACUCGUCAUUUGAUUCAGAUUCUUGUGUAAGUGACACGCUGAAUGUCUGUAGAUUCACAAUCAGGGGCCACUAAUCUGAACUCUUCUUAUAAUCGGGGUAUGAUAGAGGGAGAGGAAGGAAGGCCGGUUUAUGCGGUCAUGGUGUGACUAUAAGAAGAAGAAAAUGUAGAGCAGACACAUUUAAAUAACUUUAAGAAUAAGAAAUAGCGUCGAAAAAUGAGGAUGGCCGACUGAAACAAUUUUUAAAGAAAAAAAAGGACAUUUCUUGAUUUUGUGUGUUGCGUGAGAGCGGUUCUUUAAUUGAGGUAUCAGUAGUUAUCAAAUACCGAGCAAAUCAAGACAUUUAAAAGCGCAUAUACAUUUUCCAUAUUUAUUCGAACAAUGAAAUAAUUUCGAAAAAAUGGAUUGAUGUAGUUCACUUGUAGCUACAUGUAAGGUCUUGCAAUCUCUGGUUUCCAUGUGGUUUAUGAAAGUGUAAACGACAAUGGUGACGAGGAAACUGUGUCGCUAGCCUCUGUUUUAGUAUGUGACAACGUUGUAUGUUAACUUAUAUAAAAAUAUUUCAAAUUACCUACACCGCAAUUUUAGAUGUUCUUCGUGCAUAUAGUCAAAGAAAAUUGGCUGUUUGCACAACAGUAACUCAAGACUACAAGCUAAUAAAAUUGUAAAUAUUGUAGAA